CGUCAGUGCCCCUCAAACAUAGCUGUUCCCUAUGGUCAUUUCAGCACCCAGACACCAGGGGUCGCUGACUUUACCGUGAAUUACGAAGAGGGGCUGUCUGUCCAGUACAACCGAGCACCCGAGUAAAUGAAGGCUGUUUUGUGCCACAAAGACAGAAAUUCUCCAAGCCAUUCAACGCUCCUGCAGAUCAAUGAUCCCAGUUGCUAAGCAACCAGCUGAUGGCGAGGACGACGAAGGAGGAGGAGAGCGAGUGAGCAAAAAGGAAGACGUGCAGAGGCCUGGAGAAGGAGUAAAUGGACGAUAGGAAGAGACAAAGCGGCCUGGUGCCAAAUUUCUUCAACAUGCUCAAUAAAGCAAGCUUGCUCACGAUCCUGAUCAUUUGAAUCAAGGAGCAGGGACACCUCAACAUAUCGGCCCUCGAAGUCCGACGCCUGUUGCUUUGUACGAGUGAAGACAGACCCAAGAAAGCGUGUCCAAGACAAGUGAGCCCAAAGGAUCAUGAAAGCGGUUUGUGGCACGUCGCAUCUCAAAAAUAAACAUUGCUGGGGUCACCUGACUUGGAGAAUUGGGAGGUAACCGAUGCUCACGUUGGUGUUUUCGUAGACUGCCACACUUGCGCUCAGCAUAACAACGUGACUAUCUCCGAUUGGGUUUCGGCAGACCAUGGGCGUUUUCUAUUUAACGACCCUCAUCGCACCUGACAUUUUGAUGACAGAAGGAAGACUAGACUUUAGACCAGGUGACAUCACAAGUCUUAGCUGUCUUCUAAAAGUACUUUGCACGUGCCAAUGUCCUACGAGGACUUCCGCAAGUCUGUUUCUGCUUUUGCAAUGUAGACUACACCUCUUGCUGAAUUCAAAUUGAUUUGGACGAGCCGCUUCGAUAGGCCAGGAAUCAAGUCGCCUGUGUUCACUCCCACAAUGGUGCAAACACCCAAUUCUAGCUGCAGAUGUCUACGAAAAUAGCAAAAGAGAGUAAUCUCCAUCCAUGCGCAUAGUUGGACUGCACUUGGCACUAGACUUGUACUGGGCACGAAAAUCUGUCUGUCUUUUUCACUCUCUUUCACUGUUGGUCAUCUGUCUCUCUUACCAUCUCACUCAAAGUUGCGCUUCUAUCACUUCUCUCCAUCUGUCUCACUCUCCCAUCUUUUUCCUUCCCUCUGUCUCUUUACGUUCCGCUCUCUCUGUCUGCAUCCGUCUCUAGCUGUCUCCCCUCUUUCUUUUUUCAGUUCUGCUUCUCCAAUCUUUCCCUCUCCCUCUGUUUUGCGCCUGUGUCGCUCCCUCUCUCAUCUCACGUGAUCAUCUCUCGCCCUCUCCGUGCGCGUGUGCGUCUUUCCUCUCUCUCGGAGCAUUGAUCAUCGUCCGACUGCACCUUUUCCUCCUCCCGGGAGUAGACCGAGAAACAGUUCGUAGGUGAGGACAUCCGUGUGGUCAUUUGUGUGCGUGUGUGUGCGCGCGCGUGUGUGUGAUUGGAGCGGCUCUCGAACUGCCGCGUUAGCCACCCACCAAGCACCGACCACCGCCUGGCGUGCUAGCCGCGGUGGGGUUCACCUCCGGCGGUGGCGUGAAAACGGGCGAAGAGGUGGCGGGGGUGGACACCACAGGAUGCUCGCGAGGUGGCUGGAGAGUGAUGACAAGGCACACCUGAUUUCCCCCCCACGCACACACUUGCAACCUUGCCCCUACUGAGUAAGGAGGACGAGGAGGAGAAUCCUGCAAUGACAGUGUUAUUUCUCUCUAUUAGCAGCGUGUGAGCAGCACACAACACACACACACACAUCGGCGCUAAGCUCCGUGAGGAGUUUCCUGCAGGCGGGCAGAGGGCCUGAUCUAGGCCACCAAGAUGGAGUUGGCGCCCAGCACAGGCAGACGUGCUCACCUGGCACAAGACUGAGAGAGCUAGAUGCAGUGAAAGAUGAGGAAAGGAGCUUCGGCGUGAGCCCAGAGCACAACCCAGGAGCCAGGGUCUUCGACACAGAGCGCAAUGAGGCUAGCUGUCCAGCUCUAGCCUCCGCCCCACCCCCUUCCCCACAAAGUGUGUGUGUGUGUGUGUGCGUGUGCGUGUGUGUGUGUGUGUGUGUGUGUGUGUGAGCUGCACACCAAGUGUGUGUAUGAGUGUGAUGGCCAUGUGCGCUUGGGCGGCGGCCCCUCUGCUCUUCCUGGGCCUUUGCCUGUGCAGCGCGGGGGGCCAGGCCCAAGGCGAGGUGCUGGAGUUCGGCGGCGUGUCCAGCCAGUGGGGCCGCUUCCCCGUGUGGAACGCGUGCUGCGAGAGCGUACUGAGCUUCAGCCUGCGGACACACAGCCAAGAGGGCCUGCUGCUCUACCUGGACGACGAGGGCUUCUGCGACUUCCUGGAGCUGCUGCUGCUGCGCGGCCACCUGCGCCUGCGCUUCUCCAUCUUCUGCGCCGAGCCGGCUGAGCUGCGCUCGGGUGUCGCGGUUAGCGACGGUCGCUGGCACGCAGUGCGUGUCAGGCGGGACUGGAAGAACACCUCUCUGGAAGUGGACGGGCGGCUGGAGGGUUGGGCGGAGGUGAAGAGCAAGCGGAGAGAUAUGACUGUGUUCAGCCACACCUACGUGGGUGGGGUGACGGCCGAGCUGCGCGCCUCGCCUCUCCGUCUAACCGCGCCGUCGGUGCGCGACCACCCCGCAUUCCGCGGCUGGAUGGGGGCGCUGAGCAUCAACGGCUCGCUGGCUGUGCUGGAUGCCUCCGAGGGCGUGACGGUGACGGCGGGCUGCGGGCCGGAGCACCAGUGCCAGAACGGGGGCGUGUGCAGCCUCGUCGAUGACCGGGCCGUCUGCGACUGCUCUGACACCGGUUACCAAGGCAACGACUGCAGUGAAGAGCACAGCUACACCCCAGGUCUGGCACACCUGAUGAUUGGCGACCAAGCACGCGAGGAGUACGUGGCCACCUUCAAGGGCUCCGAGUUCUUCUGCUACGACCUGUCGCCCAACCCCAUCCAGUCGAGCAGCGACGAGAUCACGCUCUCCUUCAAGACGCUGCAGCGCAACGGGCUGAUGCUGCACACGGGCAAGUCAGCCGACUACGUCAACCUGGCGCUGAAGAACGGCGCCGUGUCGCUGGUCAUCAACCUGGGCUCGGGCGCCUUCGAGGCCCUGGUGGAGCCCGUCAACGGCAAGUUCAACGACAACGCCUGGCAUGACGUCAAGGUCACCCGCAACCUCAGACAGCACUCAGGCAUUGGACACGCUAUGGUGACCAUCUCGGUGGACGGCAUCCUGACCACCACGGGCUACACGCAGGAGGACUACACCAUGCUGGGCUCCGACGACUUCUUCUACGUGGGUGGGAGCCCCAGCACGGCCGACCUGCCCGGCUCUCCAGUCAGCAACAACUUCAUGGGCUGUUUGAAAGAGGUGGUGUACAAGAAUAACGAUGUGCGGCUGGAGCUGUCUAGACUCGCUAAACAGGGAGACCCAAAGAUGAAGGUUAGCGGCGUGGUUUCCUUCAAGUGCGAGAGCGUGGCCACGCUGGAUCCCGUCACCUUCGACACGCCCGAGUCCUUCGUGGCGCUCAGCAAGUGGACGGCCAAGAAGGCGGGCUCCAUCUCCUUCGACUUCAGGACCACCGAGCCCAAUGGCUUGAUGCUCUUCAGCCAUGGGAAGCCACGGCAGAUGCAGCGCAAGGACCCUCGCACGCCGCCCACCGUUAAGGUGGAUUUCUUUGCCAUCGAGAUGCUGGACGGCCACUUGUACCUGUUGCUGGACAUGGGCUCAGGAACCACCAAAACUAAAGCCAUCGACAGGAAGGUCAACGACGGGGAAUGGUACCACGUGGACUUUCAGAGGGAUGGACGCUCAGGGACCAUCUCGGUGAACAGUGUGAGAACGGCGUACACGGCGCCCGGUGACAACGAGAUCCUGGACCUGGAUGACACGCUUUACCUUGGGGGUCUUCCCGAGGACCGUGCCGGACUCAUCUUCCCCACGGAGGUGUGGACGGCGCUGUUGAACUAUGGCUAUGUGGGCUGCAUCCGCGACCUGUUCGUGGAUGGCCAAAGCAAAGACAUCCGGCGGCUGGCCGAGGCCCAGCGUGCGGUGGGCGUGAAGCCGUCGUGCUCCAGGGAGCCGCCCAAGCAGUGCCUGUCCAACCCCUGCCAGCACAACGGCGUCUGCCGCGAGGGAUGGAACCGCUAUGUCUGCGACUGCUCCGGCACCGGAUACUUGGGACGCUCCUGUGAGAGAGACGCGACCAUCCUGUCGUACGACGGCAGCAAGUUUAUGAAGGUGCAGCUGCCCAUGGCCAUGCAUACGGAGGCGGAGGACGUGUCGCUGCGCUUCCGCUCCCAGCGGGCCUACGGCGUUCUCAUGGCAACCACGUCCCGCAACUCGGCCGACACCCUGCGCCUGGAGCUGGACGGCGGCCGCGUGCGCCUCACCGUCAACCUAGACUGUAUCAGGAUAAACUGUACUGCCAGUAAAGGCCCAGAGACCAUCUUUGCGGGCUCGGGUCUCAAUGAUAAUGAGUGGCACACGGUGCGGGUGGUCCGGCGCGGCAAGGGCCUCAAGCUCACCGUGGACGACCUGCAGCCCGUCGAAGGUCAAAUGGCGGGCGACCACACGCAACUGGAGUUCCACAACGUGGAGACGGGCAUCGUGACGGAGAAGCGCUUCAUGCCGGCCGUGCCGUCCAACUUCAUCGGGCACCUGCAGGGCCUGGCGCUCAACGGCAUGCCCUACAUCGACCUGUGCAAGAACGGCGACAUUGACUACUGCGAGCUCAACGCCGUCAUCGGCUACAAGAGCAUCGUCGCCGACCCGGUCACUUUCCGAUCGCGCUCCAGCUUCGUCACGCUGCCCACGCUGCAGGCCUACUACUCCAUGCACCUCUUCAUGCAGUUCAAGACCACCUCGCCCGACGGCCUCGUCCUCUUCAACCGUGGCAACGGCAACGACUUCAUCGUGGUGGAACUGGUCAAAGGAUACCUUCACUAUAUCUCGGACCUGGGCAACGGGGCCCACCUGAUCAAGGGCAACUCCAACAGCCCCCUGAAUGACAACCACUGGCACAAUGUGCACAUCUCCCGGGAUACCAACAACCUCCACACCGUCAAGAUCGACACCAAAGUCACCACUCAGACCACCAUGGGCGCCAAGAACCUCGACUUGAAGGGUGACUUAUACAUCGGGGGCGUGUCCAAAGAGAUGUACCGCGACCUCCCCAAGCUGGUACACUCCCGUGAGGGCUUCCAGGGCUGCCUGGCCACCGUCGACCUAAACGGCCGGUUGCCCGACCUCCUGGCUGACGCGCUGGCCACCGUGGGGCAGGUGGAGCGGGGCUGCGAAGGUCCCAGCACGACAUGCCAAGAGGACUCGUGCUCCAAUCAGGGCGUUUGCCUGCAGCAGUGGGAGGGAUUCACUUGCGACUGCAGCAUGACGUCGUAUGCCGGACCGCUCUGCAACGAUGCCGGCACCACAUACAUUUUCGGCCGCGACGGCGGCGUGGUGGUCUACACGUGGCCCCCCAACGAGCGCCCCAGCACACGGGCCGACCGGCUGGCCCUGGGCUUCAGCACGCAGCAGAAACACGCCAUCCUACUACGUGUGGAUAGCGCGUCCGGCCUGGGAGACUACCUCCAGCUGCAGAUAGACAAGGGCAACAUCCGUGUGGUGUUCAACGUGGGCACGGAUGACAUCAACAUCGAGGAGAGCUCCAAGUUCGUCAACGACGGGAAGUACCACAUAGUGCGCUUCACCCGCAGCGGCGGCAACGCCACGCUGCAGCUGGACGACCUGCCCGUCAUCGAGCGCUACCCCUCAGGCAACAUUGAUAACGAGCGCCUGGCCAUCGCCAGACAGCGAAUCCCCUAUCGGCUCGGUCGAGUAGUUGACGAUUGGCUACUCGACAAAGGUCGGCAGCUGACCAUCUUCAACAGCCAGACGACGGUGCGCGUGGGCGGCGGCGGCGAGCGGCGCGCCGGCAUGUUCCAGGGCCAGCUGUCGGGCCUGUACUACAACGGCCUGCGCAUUCUCAACAUGGCGGCCGAGGGCCACCCGCACAUCCGCGUGGAGGGCAGCGCCCGGCUGGUGGGCGACAUGCCUUCCUCCUCCAUCACGCCGCAGUCCAGCGCCGCCGCCGGGAGCAACCGCUCCGACUCGGCGCCUGCCAGCGGGGACGUCAGCACCACCACCGCCAGCAACAGAAAGCAGGGCGCUACACAACAGUCAGCGGACGACAUCCUGGUGGCGUCGGCCGAGUGCCCGAGCGACGACGAAGACAUCGACCCGUGCGAUCCCAGCUCAGCGCGUCCCCCACUCCCCGAGGUGAAGGUGUUCCCCGGCCCUUCGGAGGUGGUGCGCGAGAGCAGCAGCACCACGGGCAUGGUGGUGGGCAUCGUGGCGGCGGCGGCCCUCUGCAUCCUCAUCCUGCUCUACGCCAUGUACAAGUACCGCAACCGCGACGAGGGCUCGUACCACGUGGACGAGAGCCGGAAUUACAUCAGCAACUCGGCCACGCAGCCCAACGGCAGCGCCAAGGACAAGCCGCUUGGCAUCACCAAGAUCUCCAAGAACAAGAAGAACAAGGACAAGGAAUACUAUGUCUAACCUUUAUCCACAUAUAUAAACACUACAUAUAUAUAUAUCUCCCUAAAAACUAAAGGCUCGAUGUACAUAAAUAGGUAUAUUCUUCCUGACAAAACACACACACACACACACACACACAUGGACGAUUACUCAACAGCACACACGUUCAAGCACAAACAUGUACACAGACUGCUUUGAAGGGACAAAAUGUACAAAACGAGAUGAGCCCCAGGACCAGACUCCUUUUACGACCCAUUGCAAACCAUUCCAGAUGCUCCACGGAGAUGACAGCAUGAAAGCCGCAGUCUGCGCCCAGGAGAGAGUCGUGGGGGUGGGGGGGUAUUCAUCGCUUCAGAGUGUCAGUCGUCAAUUUUUUGGGGACUUUACAAUCCAUCUGCCCCUCCAUUUACCGUCGUGCUUGUCCCCAUUAAGGUCGCGGGUGCGCUGGAGCCUCUCUCAGCUGACUUUGAGCAAAAGGGUGAUGAUUUGUGAUUGGCAGUGUUGACCACGUUGCAAUUUGCCCCAAUUAUCAGUGUGUGUGUAUAGCCCACAAUCUCUUGUAGCCCCAUGUUAGCACUGCGGUAUAUAUCAGACUGAUUGCCCUGAGUGCAGCGACCCUUCCAUUCACAUCAUCUUCCUUCGAGACAAACAUUAAGUCGACGACUGACCUUUUUUUUCCCCCUUUAAGGACAUGAAGCACAUACCGGAGAAAGUUGGCGCACGCGUGUGUGUGUGGAGCGGGAGUAGCAAAAAAAAAAGGAAAAAAAUUUCAAAAGCAACAACAUGAUCCAAGUCCUUUCAAGUAUCUUCCCGACAGCAACAA